ACAGGUUCCGGCUGCUGCUGCUGCUGGCAGGAUGAAGUGAAGCGGAACUGAAUGUGGUAGUCAGAGUUUCUACACGAAAAACCACACUAUAUAGGUCAUUUACGUCAAUAGUAGAGCAUAACAACACAGAUGAUCUCAGCGAAGCAGUCCAGGCAGCAAAGCAUAUUCAGUGACGGUAAAACAUUCGUCGCUGAGCUGAAAGUAGUUGAAUGAAUCCAAACUCACGGAACAAAAACGUUAUGAAACCGUGAACUGAUUUUAUUAGUAACCGAACUUAAUGCUACGAUAAAACGACAUCUGUUCAUUCACUUUCGUUUCUUGACUUUGGAGGAACACGGUAUUGUCGCGACUGCUAAAAGAAGACAUUUAAUCCAGGAACAAAAGGGAGUCGUCAUGUUCAGUUUCCUCGGACUACGAAAAGAUGGGAAGAAGUCAACAUCCGAGAAGGAGGCAGAUGGAGGCUUUGUCAUCAUCGGAGAAACUGCUGAAGAACAGAGGAGAAAAAUGCAGACCUUGAACGUCACAUAUCCAUCAACAAACGUCAUAGUGCAGCCAUCUAAGUCAUCCUACACACCCUCAGUUCAACAUGACAACAUAGAGCUCCAUAAACCCUUACCCACAAUAGGGCAAGUACCAGGGCCCUCAGCAGCAGAAACUGCUGCGACUCUUCCGGAUGUCCUCGGAGACGUCCCCUUCACUUUGGCACCUCAUGUCCUGACUAUGCAGGCAGGAUUCCAGCUGAUUCCUGAUGUGCUGCUGUCCCGGGACAUUAACUACAACCUGGCUAAUUUUCACUACGACUUCACUUUAGAGAACUCAGUGCUCCAUAAUGCCUAGUUUGAUUGAAGUUAAACUUUCACUAAAAUGACGUAAAACACCCCAAAAGUUGUCGAUUGGAAAAGCAUUGAACUUAUGAGGAUGACAAGGUCUGUCUGAAUUACUUUGUCAGAACAGAAUGGCCUUGUUCCCUGUUAUGUUGCUCAGUGUGAAUACAAGGAGUAAAGUGUAUUAUAAUGAUAUUGUACAACUGUGAACGGUAUAGUUAUGGGUUAUGACAACUUGGGUCAAUAACAUUUUACUUACCAAGACAUUUGCUGAGUUCUGGGGAUAAUGAAGCAAACAAACACACCUGAAAUGUUGGUGUUAAUCUGAUAACGCUCACAAAUACUGUAUGUAAAACAGGUCAAAUUUGAACCAAGAUUUUGGCCAGCAAACCAUGACGGGCAGUUUACCAAAGAUAGUCUUAGUAAUAGUUUUGCCAUCACCUUUUCAAUUAGCCUAUCUACUCAAUAGAAGGCUUUGGGGUUUAGUUAUAAAAUUUUACCAACUUCAGUUCACUGUGUCUUCUGUCAGAAUUAUAAAUGAUGCCAUUGCCUUUUAUAUAUUUGACAUUAUAUGAGGCAGCAACACAAUCCAUAUUUUAAGUGUUUUACAGCUGCCAAUGACCUCCAUGUCCUUAUUUUACUUCAUGAAUAUGGCCUUCCUUUUGACCCAUCAUAUUUCUCUACCAUGAUUACAAGAUUGCAUUAUCUGCAUUUUCCUGUGGUAUUUCCUCGAUGUGUUAAUGGAACACACUGUUCGUACAUAGGUUAAAAUAUACUCAUUAGUUCUGAGUUUCUCAAUAUACUGGUGUUCAUAGUGAAUGCCUCAGAAAUUAAACUGAACUAACACAUUUUACACUUUGAAAAAGGGAUUGUUGUGAACAGCAUGAGCCCUGAUACUGAAGAGUGAUGUGGAACUGCAUAUCAUGUGAAGUCACUUGCUGUUUGUGUUUUAAGCACAGAACAAGGCUCAAGAGCUGCAGGUGUUCCCACGCGUCAUUUGAAAUCCUUGAACCUUUGAAAAUUUGCAAAGAAAAGUCAAGUCCUAAUUUUGAAAAUAGACAAAUAGGCGUGGAUCAUAGGAACUGUUUGAAUUCAUACAUUUGUCAAAAAAGGAAUUUAAGGCUUUUAAAUAUCAUUUUAUUUUAUUGAACGUAAAACUAGUAAAUAGACUUUGUGCCACUCUCUGCACUUGUUCCCCAUCAUCUUUCAGCUCAUCAACUCAUUGAUUAGUCUCUUAUGUGCUCAACUUACAUGAUAAGAGCAAUAAAUUGUGCUGUGUUAGAGUUUAUAUUUGAGAGUUUGUGGUAGAAUGAAGAAAUCAUAGCUAUCUUUUUUGCUCUGUUGAUACAUACUGUAAAAAUACAAGGUUUUUAGUUAAUCAUUCAUCCAUCAGUAGUUUUUACUUUGAGUACUAGUGUCUUAGAGAGAUGCGUACCUUCUGCUUUGAACCAUGAUCUCAGCAGAGUACAUAAGAGCUGGAUGGACUGAUAUCUUUUUACCUUUGUAUUGUCCUUUGUUUUGGCUUAGUUUGAGAAACAUGUGCUUUUGAACUCAGCACAGAUUUUGGCAGAGCUAUACUGUGCAGCAAUACUGUGUUUAUCUCUAAAUUCUUUACACAUGAUCAAACUGGGUCUCUUAAAACCUGAUGUGCCUUUAAUAAGCAGCCCAUACCAUUCAGAUUGUACCUUUCCCUCACUAAUAUGUCACUAAAAUCAGUUCAUGCUGGUAUGGUGUUCUCCUGGUUGUAACUGUGGAAGGCAACUUACUUUACAAAUAAAUUUGAAGAAGGAU